AUGUACGACGUCAUUUGGGAACUUGCCAUUGGUGGCAUUGACAGCUCGAUUCAAGGCAAUGGUGGUGAAGAAUGUAUGAGUUAUCUUCCAUCAUGGCAAAGAUUUUUGGAGUCAAUUGUCUUCAUCCCACUCUCAUUCUGGGCAGCCUAUAUGUCGAUUCCACUAGAUUGCUCAUUCACACUACCAGUAAAAAACGUGUCCAGAUAUGUGAUACUCACAGUAUAUAGUCUCAUUUUUGGUGCUGAGCUCGCCUACAAAAUGAUUUCCAGAACAGGAAUAUUUCUACUCAAUCCUUGUCACGUCACAACUACAAUGCAGUUAAUGUUACUCACCAUGGAAGGGACUUCUAAAAAAGCCUGUUUCCUUUUCCGAUUGAUGCUCUAUUUUAUGCCCGGUGCUUGGUUCGCGUUAGCAUUUCCAAUCCUGAACACAAGAAAUUUGCCUGGAGAGGUGUUCAUCUACUAUGCUCAGCAUAUUGCAAUUCUUGUAGUACCAGUGUAUCUCAUGUAUAUACAAGGGGCUUUCGAACCGGAAAAACCGUACGAUUUCGGAUGGACCGUUUUUGGGAUCUCACUCUUCUCACUUUAUCAUUUUGUCAUCCUUCAAUUCGGAGCAAUGAUCACCCGUGUCAAUCUUAACAAUAUCAUGUGUCCUGCUGUUUCUGACCCAUUCCAAUCGCGUGCUUACCGAAUAAUAGCGGUUGGCCAUCAGUGCAUCCUCAUUCCAAUUCUCUCAAAGACAUACUCGGCUAUGUCGCUUGCCACUGUGGAUUUCUACAAAACUGUGUGUGAAACCGCAACGGCCCCAUCGUCGAGGAAACUAUGCGAGCGGAGUGUUGACGAUACAAUCUGUUUGAAACCAGCAAAAUUAAAACUUUAA